AAGUGCAUAACUAUCUCUCUCUCUCUGCUUCUGCCUCUUCACCACCAAAAAUGCCCUUCAAAGCGCUCUCUCACGCAUCACACUUCCAUCUCCAAAACCCUGAUCUCAGGCGAUUCUCUCCACCUUCAACCUCAUUCAGUAAUAGUCCAAACGCUCGCUUCCGCAACUCGCCUGCUCCGUCGCGCCUGCGCAUUUCUCCGGCUGCAAAUGAUCGCCGGCAUCGCCUAACGGCUUUGUGCAAAAGCUCCAGUCAGGAGGUUCUCGGUGAGACAGAGGAUGUUGCGAGCGAAAAUGGCGGGAAUGGCGCUCUGGUUUCGUCGUUCGAAGAAGAAGAUGUUGGAGAAGGAGAAGAGGAAGCGGUGGAGGUUGUUGUUGGAUCGAAGAGGAAAGAAUUCGCUGCGGAUCAGAGCAUUUUGAAUCAGAUGAAGAAGAUUGUGAUGUUUUCGGGGCCAGCCACUGCGCUGUGGAUAUGUGGGCCUUUGAUGAGUCUCAUUGACACGGCGGUGAUUGGUCAGGGGAGCUCGCUUGAGCUGGCUGCUUUAGGACCUGGAACUGUUCUUUGCGACAAUAUGAGUUAUGUGUUCAUGUUUCUUUCUAUUGCUACUUCAAAUAUGGUUGCCACUGCGCUGGCUAGAAAGGAUAAAAAAGAAGUGCAACAUCAGAUAUCCAUCUUGCUCUUUGUUGGUUUAGCUUGUGGUGUGCUGAUGCUUUUCUUCAUGAAGUUCCUGGGUGCAUGGGCAUUAACUGCCUUUACUGGACCAAAGAAUGCGCAUCUUGUACCUGCAGCCAACACCUAUGUUCAGAUCCGAGGAUUAGCAUGGCCUGCGGUUCUUAUUGGAUGGGUUGCUCAAAGUGCAAGUCUUGGGAUGAAAGAUUCUUGGGGACCUUUGAAGGCUUUGGCGGUUGCAAGUGCUGUAAAUGUCACUGGCCAUGUGGUGCUGUGCACUUUACUAGGUUAUGGUAUAGCAGGUGCAGCAUGGGCAACAAUGGUGUCACAAGUUAUUGCAGCUUAUAUGAUGAUUGAAGCUCUAAAUAAGAAAGGAUUCAAAGCUUACUCCAUAUCUGUUCCAUCACCCAGCGAACUUCUGCAAAUAUUUAAGCUUGCUGCUCCUGUGUUUGUGACAAUGGUGUCAAAGGUGUCCUUCUACUCUCUUAUUAUAUAUUUUGCUACCUCUAUGGGUACACACACUGUUGCUGCUCAUCAGGUCAUGAUUCAAAUGUACAGCAUGUGUGUGGUAUGGGGUGAGCCUCUCUCUCAAACCGCCCAAUCAUUUAUGCCUGAGUUGAUGUAUGGAGUUGAUCGAAGUUUGUCAAAGGCCCAAAUGCUGUUGAAGUCUCUUUUGAUUAUUGGAGUCAUCCUUGGAUUGUUAUUAGGAAUUGUUGGAACAUCUGUUCCUGCGCUGUUCCCCAAUAUCUUCACACCCGACCCCUCCGUCAUGCAGCAGAUGCACAAGGUGUUGAUUCCUUUCUUUUUUGCUUUAGCCGUGACACCUUGUACACAUAGUCUCGAGGGCACACUGCUGGCUGGACGUGAUCUUAAGUUUUUGAGUUUAUCAAUGAGCGGAUGCUUUACUUUGGGAGCCAUUAUUCUAUGGCUUGUGAGCAAUUCAGGAUAUGGUUUGUCAGGCUGCUGGUGUGCUCUCGUAGGAUUCCAAUGGGCUCGGUUCUUUCUUUCUCUCCGCCGCCUUCUUUCUCCCAAUGGUGUACUUUUUUCAGAGGAACGGUAUGAACUGGGAAAACUGAAAGCCGCGUAGUAUAGAAAUGAUCAGUAUCAGUCUAGGGAAACCGAUGACAGAAUCUUAAUUAAGGUGUCAGUGAGGAUGAAGUUUGAUGCUUCUGGACGAGAGACUAUCUAUCUAUGAUCAUCUACCAAAAAACUUCUAAAGGCUUUCGUCCAAGCUGCCAAAGAUCAGGUUCUUCAUGAUUAUUAUUAUUCUUUAAGCCUCAGUACUAAGGCUAACACUGUGAGGAAGGAGAUAUGCCCAGCUGCAAUAACUUGUUUCAAUGCGGAUGAUAUUACUGGUUAGAUCAAUUGUUGUAAUUCUUUUAAUAACUAGGUAUUCAACAAUGAGCUUGUAGUCAUUUCUUUUUUCGA